AAAUAAAUAAAUAAAAAUAAAUAAGUGUAACAUAAUUAAAUAAAACUAAAUGAUAAAGGUCAACUAAUUAAUAGAUACAAUACAAAAAUUUGAAUAACCAAAAUUAUUUCGGUCACUAGAUAUGGUCUACAGAAAAUUAAAUAUGAUUUAUUAUUUUUUAAUACAAACAAUGGGUCAAUUAACACUAGCUAAUACAUUGAACUAGUGUAUUUAAAGUGAGAAAGGGUGAAAUAAAGUGAUUCUUGUUGCCUUUAACACUAGGAACAUUUUUUUUUUUUUUUUUAAAAUUAUUAAAAUUCCCAAAUAGUCACCCAUCGGAGAAUUGACUAUAACAGACACUGCUUGAAAUCAUAGGUCAUUAAUAACUUGAGUGUCUGCUAAAUCACAUUGACUAGGGACAUGGUUCCUACAAUAAAUUUAUAUUAAAAUUAAAUUUAAUGAGUAUAACUCCAGGCACAUCAAUAAAGUAAAUACAUUCUGAUUUCCAAGAAAUACUAGGACAACUAUUAUUGUAAUAUUGUGGUUAAGUUAUACAGUUUAACUUGUUUAUUUAAAAGUAAAAAACAUCAGGUUAUCCAAGAAAUAUAAUAAAACAUAAAAUAGGAAUUCUAGUGACCAGAGAAAAAAUUUGAUGUUCCAACAAUUUCGAGUAAACCAAGCUAUAUUGAAGUGUUUUGCUAAUGCUCAAUCACAACAACUGAAUAAUGAUCAAGUGUUUCAAAUAUUUGCUCAAUAUAUAGAGUAUAUUUCAUCAAUAUUAAGUUAUUAUGUCUUUCAAAACCAACAAAAUACAUCCUACUUUAACCAAAGUGAAAACCUUCAUGAAAUUUUAAUGAGUUUUGAUAAUCAUAAAAUAAGUGAAGUUUCAAAAAUUACAAAUCAAACUUUAAUAACCACAACACCAGAAAUAAAUUCUUCUAAAGAAAAUUAUGUACCAUCACUCAAAAAUAUGCAGAAAAACAAAUUAUUAUUACCAAGAACACCAAUUAUAAAACCACUAAAGCCACUAAAAUCGAAACUUAGAUAUGCAGUUAAAAGAAAUUUUCUCCAUUUGUGGGGGUUGUAUUGUUGAAAUAAAUUGGUUCAGUGAGAACUGAAAAAAGUGGUAACAGGCACAAAAAUUUAAAAAAUAUUUCAUAGUAAAAUGAAUACUUUCUCAGCUUUACAUAAGCUAAAGUUAGAAAAAAUGGAAUAAUGAAGUGUUUUUCAAUAAAAACAUACAGUACUUCAUUUAAUAAAAUAUUGAAAUACCAGAAAAAUAUGCA